CUUGCGGGACUCCCUCGGAAACCACCCCCCCCCCCCCCACUACCGUCAUGAGCGCCCCAGCACGGAAACACACCUCCCCCAUACCCGACGCCCAACCUCCAGAACCACCACCACAACCCGCUGCUCAACAGCCAUGCACAGUCUGCCAAAACAACGCCCGCUUCAUGUGUCCGCACUGCGGGCCUGCCUGUCGGUACUGCUCGCACGCGUGUCAGGCGAGGGACUGGGAGCUGCAUAAGGCCGUGUGUUUGGGGAACGUCAACGGGAAGCGGGGCGGGAGUGCUGGGAGAUCAUCAUCGGUGGUGGCGGCGGCGGCGGCGGCGGCGGCUGGUACGGCCACGACGAAUGUGCUGCAUUCAACGGUCGUUGUGCCGAUUGAGACCACGGCCGUCGCGGGAACCCCGUCCGCUAGUGAUGCUACAGCUUCUGCGACAGCACCGCCGCCGAUGACGCGGUCGACGGGAUCGUUGAGGGAGAGACAUGGCGCCAGGCGGAGGAGACAGGUUAGAGGGCGUGGAAAUGCCGCGCAGGUCAUCAACUCUGAUAGUACGUAUGUGUUUGUGGGUUGGGAGAGAAAGAGAGUGGAACGAAUGCUGGAAGGGGGCCGAGGGAUAGCGAUGCCAUGGAUUUGCUCCCGGGAGUCCGAGAGAAGCGAGCGGCGAGCGGAGCGAUACUUUGCUCACUGCGGCUCUUAGCGAGCAGCAGCGACCGCUCCGCCCACCGCUCGCUCGCUCCGAUACCGCUGCCUAUACGCCAUUUUCCGGAUGGGGACGGACGCUUUCGAUUCCCAGCCACCUCCAUCAAAAAUCACACUACUAAGCCACUAUGUCUCCCUCCCCCACAGCCCAACUCAUAUCCCGCAUCAAA